ACGUGGAGUUUAUCGGAUUCGAUGAAUGAGCUGGCCGAAAGACUCGCGAUGGACGGCGUGAUCAUCGAGGAGUGCGAAUCAAACAUGGCAUCGGAAAUCUCGAAAUCAGUAACAUUCCACAAUCUUUGUGCUGAAGACGACACUCUUUCCCCACUACCCUCCCAACUACCAACUCCAAACUCAUUCUCAUCAUGGAUUCAGUUGUUCCUUCUCAAAAAGAGACACCUCUCUUCACAACGCUCCUUAAUAAGACCGUCUGUAUCACUGUCCGUAGUUGAUGAAACAAGGGCAUUGGGUUCAGAUGGUGAAAGUAUCGAUGUAUCUCCCAGUACCAGCGAUCAGUCAGGGACAACCUCCGACCGUUGUGCAGUUAACGUGAAAAUGAGACCGAAACCAACCAGAAGAUGGAGUGAAGAAGAUAUCCAGAAGAGACUCUCUUUGCCAGCGGAUUUACGUUUACCGUUGAGCGUUGUGGAAAAAUUGAAUCGCACGCCAACUUUGGACCAACCUCUAACGAGAAAAAAUCGACGUGCUUCAUUGAGUGAAAUUGGUUUUGGUAAACUAGAAACAUAUGAAAAAUUGGAAAAACUCGGUGAGGGUACAUAUGCGAGCGUGUAUAAAGGACGUUCACGUUUAACCGACAAAUUCGUGGCGUUGAAGGAGAUUCGUCUAGAACAAGAAGAAGGUGCGCCGUGCACAGCCAUCCGAGAGGUAUCGCUGCUGAGAGAGUUGAAGCAUGCGAAUGUGGUCACUCUGCACGACAUCAUUCAUACUGAUCGAAUGUUAACAUUGGUAUUUGAGUAUGUGGACAGAGAUCUGAAACAAUAUCUGGACGAGUGCAUUGAUUAUAUCAAUAUGCAUAAUGUUAAGUUAUUCUUACUUCAAUUACUACGCGGUCUGAACUAUUGCCACAAGAGACGUGUUCUUCAUCGUGAUCUGAAACCACAGAAUUUGUUGAUCAAUGAGAGAGGCGAGUUGAAACUGGCUGAUUUUGGUCUGGCACGUGCCAAGUCUGUGCCCACUAAAACUUAUUCCAAUGAGGUGGUCACACUAUGGUACCGACCACCCGACGUUUUGCUGGGCUCAACGAAUUAUUCGACGCAUAUCGAUAUGUGGGGUGUGGGAUGUAUUUUGUUCGAGAUGAUAUCAGUUUCAGGUCGUGCCCUCUUUCCGGGUUCAGCGGUCGACGAGCAAUUGCUGUUGAUAUUUCACGUACUGGGCACGCCAUCGCCCGCCCAACACCCCUCGAUAUGUAACUCAUCCACAUUCAAAAGCUAUAAAUUCCCUCAGUAUUACCCGUCAUAUUUACCGAAUAUUUGCUCGAGAAUUGAUCAAAUGGCACUCGAUUUGUUGUUGAAAUUACUCAAGUACGAAGGUCGCGAGCGACUGUCGGCCUUGCAGGCGUUGGAUCAUCAGUUCUUGCGAUCCACUCUGCCCGACGUGGUAUUCAAACUGUCCGAUAAUGAGUCAGUGAUGAAUGUGAAUGGAGUAAAAUUGAUUCGUGAAACGUUCAGUCAGCGAGCUGUCACCAACAACCAUCAUCACCAUCAUAAUGCAGCUGCUACAAAACACAAGUCGAAUCAACGCCAUAGUUUGAUUUUAUAA